AUGUCUCAGGAGAAUGACACAUGGAAGAAAGAGGCGCUGGGGGAUGAGCUCGCCGCCAUGAGGCUGCAGAAGCUGGCACAGCAGCGGCGGCUCUUUGAGAAGAAGCAGCGGCGGAAGCGCCAAGAGCCCCUCAUGGUUCAGGCCAAUCCCGACGCUUCCCUGCGGCCCCGGCGACCAUGGAGGCGGGAGGAGCGCCUCGCGGGUGACAGCGGCCUUGGGAACCCUUUCCUCCAGGAGAACGUGCCAGAGGCACAUCUGCGCUCUGGGGCCCACAGUGCCCUGGGCAUCGUCAGCUGCGGUGGAGAUGGCAGCCCACUGGCAUCGCCGACAGAAGGAGACAGUUCCGAUCCGGAGUUGGAGGAAGUCUCCGUGGAGGAUGUUCUUGCUUCUCCACCUCCUUAUAAAGAGGCUCUGGGGACUCGACGCAGGGGUUGGCCAGCCCGCCAACGACCUGGUAAUUUCGGGGACAUUGGGAAGAGUGAAUCCCAAGAUGUUGGAGAUGAAUAUGAGGCACCCAGUCCAGAACCAAACCCUAGCAUGGAUGGUGACCCGGGUCGUGGAGACUUAGCCUCCAACAAGGGCGAAGACUUGGAAGAGAAGAAAGAGGAGUCGGAGUCUACGGUGAGGAACUCCCCACCCGCAGCCGAAGAGGAGGUGUCCGAGACCCCGGAAGGCGAGGUCGGCGCGGGCAGCAGCGAUGUGGGGAGCUCGCCCCGCUCGCCUCCCCGUGCGCCAGGCCCUCGGCUGGGAGAGGACAUGGAAGCUUAUGUGCUGCCGCCCGCGCUGCGCGGCCGCACGGUGCAGUGCCGCAUCAGCCGCGACAAGCGCGGCGUAGACAAGGGCAUGUUCCCCUUCUACUAUCUCUACCUGGAGGCGGCCUACGGCCGGAAGCACUUCCUCCUGGCUGGGCUCAAGAGAAAAAGGAGCAAAACCUCGAAUUACCUCAUUUCCCUGGAGCCCACAGACCUGUCUCGGGAUGGGGACAACUUUGUGGGCAAAGUCAGAUCUAAUGCCUUGGGCACCAAGUUCACCAUGUUUGACAAUGGGGUGAAUCCUGAAAGGAAGAAUUUCCUCCCCGAGACCGCUCGCAUAGAGGAGCUGGGGGCUGUGUGUUAUGAGACCAACGUCUUGGGAUUCCGAGGGCCCCAGAAAAUGGCUGUGAUCAUUCCAAGAAUCGAUUCCCAGAACCGGAGAAUCAGCGUCCAGCCUCAAAACGAACAGGAGUCGCUACUGAGUCGCCUCCAACGGGCGGCCAGCCAGGGGCUGGUCCUGCUGCAAAACAAACCCCCGUCGUGGAACGCCGAGAGCGGCGCCUACGUACUCAAUUUUCAUGGUCGAGUCACUCGGGCCUCGGUCAAGAACUUCCAAAUCGUGCAGCCGGAUGACCCGGACUACCUGGUGCUCCAGUUCGGCCGCGUGGCCCCAGACACAUUCACCAUGGAUUUCCGCUUCCCGCUUUGCCCGCUCCAAGCCUUUGCCAUCUGCUUGUCCAGUUUCGAUGGCACGCUGGCCUGUGAGUAAUCCAAUGAAAUACCAUGCCCUCAC